AUGUCCGACGAACCAAAGACCAUCCUUACGGAUGACCAGCCAAGGCAGAACCAUGAGGGAUUUGCCGAACGAAUGCGCCAUAGCAUUUCCUCGGCCAAUGUCGAGCCUCUGGAAGACCAGAUUUACUCUAUGGCCGAGGUCGACCCAGCCCUCGACGCAAAGUUGAGGUUGGUCAAUGCUACCAUCGAUGAAAUUGGCUGGACUGGCUUGCACCUCAAGCUCUUCUUUCUUAAUGGCUUUGGCUAUGCUGCAGAUUCCCUCAUCCUGCUUCUGCAGUCCGUUACUGCGGGCCAGGCCGCCCUAGAGUUCCGCCCCUCCUUCACCAGAGGUCUGACCGUCGCUGCUUAUGCCGGUAUGCUGGUUGGUGCUCUAUUUUGGGGCUUAAGUGCCGACGUGAUCGGUCGCAAGCUAGCCUUUAACCUGACUCUGUUCACCUGCUCCAUCUUUGCCAUUUGUGCCGGAGCCUCUCCAAACUGGUAUGUUCUGGGCCUCUUUACCGCUCUGGCAUCUUUCGGCUCUGGUGGUAAUCUUGUCCUCGAUACAACCAUCUUUCUCGAGUUCUUGCCAGGCAACAAGCAAUGGCUGAUCACCCUCAUGGCCUGUUGGUGGGGUCUCGCCCCGGUUAUUGCUGCCUCUUUUGCAUGGCCACUCCUAUCUAUUGACCGCUUCAUCUGCACCGACGCCGAGACUUGUACGAAGGCGAGUAAUAUGGGUUGGCGCUACAUCUGGUACGGCAAUGGUGCUCUCGUCUUCGUCCUGAGUGUUCUGCGAAUCACCGUCAUCCGAAUGACUGAAACCCCAAAGUACCUCAUCGCCAAGGGACAAGACGAGGAAGUCGUCAAGAUCUUCCACGACAUUGCCAACAAAUAUAAUCGGCCAUGUUCUUUGACGUUGGACAAGCUAGAAGAGUGCGGCCCCAUCAAGUCCACCUAUGGAAAAAGCCGGUAUGGACUUUCGGAGCUCAUGGCUCAUCUCCGCGGUCUUUUUGCCACCAAACAACUCGGCUUGUCCACCGCAUUGAUCUGGCUCUCAUGGACCCUCAUUGGUCUUGCAUAUCCUCUCUUUUACGUCUUUCUGCCUGAAUAUCUCGCCGCACGUGGCGCCGAGACCGGCGAGGACAGCCCCUACUAUACCUGGAGAAACUACAUGAUCACCAACACUGUAGGAAUCUUCGGCCCCGUGCUGGCUGGUUUCAUGUGUAACACCAAACUGUUGGGUCGACGAUAUACUAUGGCGAUCGGUGCCCUGGCGAGCAUGGCUUUCUUCUUUGCAUACACAGCUGUCCGAACCCCUGCGCAGAACCUGGCAUUUACUUGCAGCAUCUACUUCACCGUGAAUGUAUAUUAUGGUACUUUAUAUGCAUACAGUCCCGAGAGUCUUCCCUCCGCUCAUCGCGCGACUGGUAACGGUAUCGCAAUCGGAUGCAACCGAGUCAUGGGUCUGGUCAGUGCAUUCGUUGCAACCUACGCCAACACGGCAACGAGCGCUCCCAUCUAUAUUUGUGCAGUGCUCUAUAUAGCAAUGGCGGUCGUUGCUGCGCUCAUGCCCUUUGAGCCAUAUGGCAAGAGAUCCAUGUAG